AUGCACCAGCUGCAGGGUAACAAGGAGUAUGGCAGUGAGAAGAAAGGAUACCUGUUGAAGAAGAGCGAUGGGUUACGAAAAGUUUGGCAGAGAAGGAAGUGUACUGUAAAGAACGGAAUCCUGACAAUAUCACACGCCACUUCUAACCGGCCCCCUGCAAAGUUGAACCUGCUCACCUGCCAGGUGAAACCCAACGCUGAUGAAAAGAAGUCCUUCGACCUGAUAUCACAUAACAGAACAUACCACUUUCAGGCAGAAGAUGAGCAGGAUUAUAUAGCUUGGAUUUCAGUGUUAACAAACAGCAAAGAAGAAGCACUUAACAUGGCAUUCCGUGGAGAUCAGAGUACGGGAGAGAGCAGCUUGGAGGACUUGACGAAAGCCAUCAUUGAAGAUGUACAGAAAACACCAGGAAACGAUAACUGUUGUGAUUGUGGGUCACCAGAUCCAACAUGGCUGUCCACUAACUUGGGGAUUUUAACUUGUAUAGAAUGCUCCGGCAUUCAUAGGGAAAUGGGCGUCCACAUCUCUAGAAUCCAGUCUCUGGAAUUAGACAAAUUAGGCACUUCUGAACUCUUGCUGGCCAAGAAUGUAGGAAACAAUAGCUUCAAUGAAAUAAUGGAAGGGAAUUUACCCACUCCAUCACCAAAACCUACUCCUUCCAGUGAUAUGACUGCACGUAAAGAAUACAUCACAGCCAAGUAUGUGGAACAUAAGUACUGCCGGAAAAUGUGCACUUCAGGAGCGGAGAAACUGAGCGAGCUUCUGGAGGCUGUGAAAUCGAGGGAUUUACUUGCACUAAUUCAAGUCUAUGCAGAAGGAGUAGAGAUCAUGGAACCACUGGUAGAAUCUGGACAGGAGCCAGGUGAAACCGCUCUCCACUUUGCAGUGCGCACUGCUGACCAGACCUCCCUGCCCUUAGUUGACUUCUUAGUACAAAACUGUGGAAACUUAGAUAAGCCGAACAGUAAAGGCAACACGGCGCUACACUACUGCUGUAUUUAUAAUAAGCCUGAAUGUUUGAAACUGCUUCUGAGGGGAAAACCAACUAUUGACCUGGUAAACCACCUGGGGGAGACUGCUUUCGACACUGCAAAGAGAUUAAAAGCAAUCCAGUGUGAGGAGCUGCUCUCCCAAGCCGUGACUGGUAAGCUGAAUCCACACACCCAUGUAGAAUAUGACUGGAACCUGCGUCUAGAAGAAAUUGACGAGAGUGACGAUGAUUUAGAUGACAAGCCUAGUCCGAUCAAGAAGGAGCGUUCGCCAAGGCCGCAAAGCUUUUGCCAUUCAUCUAGUAUUUCCCCCCAAGACAAGUUGUUGCCAGGCUUUACUACUCCGCGGGAUAAGCAGAGGUUGUCUUACGGAGCCUUCACUAACCAGAUCUUCAUGUCCACCAGCACAGACUCACCAACGUCUCCCAUAACCGACGCACCACCACUGCCGCCUAGGAAUGCAGGUGGAAAAGUUACAUCUGGUCCUACUUCAACCCUCCCUUUAAGCACCCAAUCCCCUAGUGGCAGCUCCACAUUAUCCAAGAAGAAAGCUCCUCCCCCACCCCCUGGACACAAACGAACUCUCUCCGAUCCACCCAGCCCUCUACCUCAUAGUAAGGGCUCGGUCCCCUGGGGUGAGUUGUCACAUUUCAAUUGCUCUCGAUGGACAAAUACAACCAGCAGCCAGACAUCUUCCAGAAAAUCUCCACAGCCAGGAGACCUGCCACAGAAACCGCAGCUCGCAGAUCUUCCUCCGAAACCACAGCCUUUAGAAUUCACACAGAAGCCACACAUUGGAGACCUACCACCAAAGCCAGGAGAAUUGCCUCCUAAACCUCAACUGGGAGACCUGCCACCAAAACCACAGCUGGGAGACCUGCCUCCAAAGCCACAACUCAAAGAUCUUCCACCGAAACCCAUCCUGGGAGACAUGCCGCCCAAGGCAUCCGUAGUAGAGGCAUCUCCUAAGCCUCAUACACCAGAGACGAACCAAAAUUCUCAACCACCGGAGGUGGUACAAAACUCCCAGCCAGCAGAUCAUGCACCUGUGCAGAAGCAGGCUUCCGAAGCUUCCAGCGACGGUCCACCGCCUCUUCCAGAAACGCCAGUGCCACUUCCUCGCAAAAUCAAUACGGUGAGUCUUUCUUGA